CAUGGCUUCAGUGAGCACAACGACACCGAAAGCAGACGAUAAUGGAAAGGUAGCACCAGCUGACAGUUCGGAUGAUGGAACAACAAAGACUGGAGACUCAGUAAAGUCCAAAGACACAGAUGAUCCGGAAUUAUAUGCUCUUCUCGACAGUGCUUUGGCAGAUUUUGACAGUCAGCCAAAACAUUCUCAGCCAUUGCUGGCACAGACUACAGAAAAAGAGAAGAAGAAACCUAGUCAGAUGGAACCAGCCAUAGAAGUCAGUCCUCAGCAAGAGGCCUUGUUUAAUGAAUUAUUCCACAGGGAAGGCUCCGAGGAUGCAGUGUUAGAGCUUGAGGAGACAAUGAAGCGAUUACUACAGCAAGGUCCACCCCAGGGUCAGCAGACCUCACAGGGGACAGGGCAGUCAGGGGGUGCUGACAUUUCAGGGGGUGAUGCUUCUUGCGGGCAGCAGGAGUUUGCAGCUGCCCUAGCACAGGCUUUGUCAGGGAUGGCCCAGAAUGCUGAAGGCCUCAAGGAGCCGAUGUCUGAGGAGGAGAUGUUGAGGAGCCUGUCUGGCCUGGGCCUGGGUGGAGCUGCAGGAGACGACACAGACUUCAUGCCUAUGAUGCAGGAUAUGAUGAAAAACCUGCUGUCUAAAGAAGUCCUCUAUCCUUCUCUCAAGGAAAUCUCUGAAAAGUACCCCAAAUGGUUAGAGGAAAACAAGGAGAAAACAGAUCCAAAAGAGUUUGAGAAUUACCAGAAACAGUAUAUGUUGAUGAGUCAUAUAUGUACUCAGUUUGAAGCAGAUGACUCGUCUGAUCCGGAGAGUGUCCAAAAUGAACGCUUUGAAAAAAUUUUAGAUUUAAUGCAGCAGAUGCAGGAAUUAGGUCACCCUCCUAAAGACAUUGUGGGAGAAAUGGCUCCUGGGUUGGAAUUUGAUGAGAAUGGCGUUCCUAAGCUACCCACGCCAGAGCAGUGUUGUGUUAUGUGAAGCUGUUUCUGUGAUAACAGUUCACUUGUGCCUCUCCUCCCCUCCUCCUCCCACUUCCCUGUUCCUGCCUGACUGAAGCUGUCUUCAAGUUCACAGAACAAUGCAUGGUUCAGACAUGCUAUGGAGGUUUGCUGGAUGCAUCACUUUGUGUAUGGCAGAACUGGGAUGACCUGUAUUUACAUGGGACAAACCAGUUACCAUGGCAACCUCCUGCUAUCAUGGAUUUUGAUACCAUAUAUUGGUGUUUAUCUGUGCAAUUGUCUACCAACAAUGGAUGGCCUGUGGUUAGUUAUAAAAGACUAUAGGGCAGACAGGAGAUCUGGGAAAAAACCUCGUGUGAGCCAUGAUCGUGAAAUUGACGUUGAAAGUAAGAAUUGCUGCAAAAUCUUUUGGAAGACUUGUUUUUAAGCUUGAGCAACUGUAUACAGCACAAGCUGUAUGACUGUGUCUACGUAUGGCUGCUAUGUGAAACAGUGGAUUGCUGAGUGUUUCUAGAUGAAGAGCAGACAAAUUUAAUGUUACACUUUUCAUUUUAAGAGCAGCUACUGAAAUUUAAAAUGGGAUAUGAUAUUACUGAUUUGGCUUUAUCAUGAAAACAUGUCGCUUUUAAAGCAUCUCAAGAUAAUAAUUGUUAAAAGCUUACAGGCAGCUGUUAUAAAUUCUGAUGAUUUAAUAUGAAUUUAAAAUCAGAACAGAUCCGGCUUGAUUCCCGAGGUGUCUUAAUUGUUCAUUGCGAGAAAAUAUAUGUACUCUGGAAACGCUGUUCAUUUAAAUCAUUGUACAUAUUAGUCACAUAUAGCUAUGGUAAAAUUGUGAAUAAACUUUGUCUACCUGUUUUAAGCAAGUUUUUUAUGGACUCAUGCCACUACAUGAGCAUUCGCCGACAUGUACAGGGAAUACUAGUGUUUUUAGAUUCAAUACUGUUAUGUAUGUACUAAUUACUUAGCGGAAAAUCAAAUCCUGUAACCAAAUGUGAAGUUUAAACGGUGUAUGAAACGCUUGGUUUUUUACUUCUUGAUAUGAAUAUAAAAUGUGGCCUAACAUAAAAAAAGUACAAAAAACUUCUAGGCAUUCUUAUUGGGGCGUAAAAAAAAUUUUUAAACCACAGUUUCCUCCAACCCCAGCACUCAGAAAAUUGAGUGCCGUGCUGUGAUGACGUCAACUGUGAUGGCUGUCAAAACAACGUAGCUGGAGGGAGAGCCUGAAUAGGUGGCGCAAAGCAGGUCCUGACUUCCAGUAUGUUAACUGAUGACGUCAUUUCGGAUAUCACUGAUAGAAAAUGUGUAUCAAACGGAGGGGUUGUUGCAAAAUAUGUCUAAAGUAUGAAAUGUUUUUCUUUUUUUCUUUCUUUUGGAAUAUCUUUUUUAAUUUUCCCUCAAACCAUAGUCUUUGUUAUGAAGUACCUAUUCGUAUGUCCUUCAAGACUCCAUACAGGCAUUGCUUACUAGAUUUGGGCCUGGCUGCUAAACAGCCACAUGUACAUGUAUAUGCUGGUGACAUAAAUGUAAGUCAUAAGUACUCCUUUUCCUCUUCAUCCGAAUACAAAGAUAACCCUUA